AUGAUAAUAAUUAAUUCGCAACAAAUUGUUCUACUCAAUAUGUUAGCUAGUGAAGUACUCCUAUCCCAAAUCCUUAUGAGGCGGGGGGGGCGGGGGGGGCGACGGUGGGUGGGGGGGGGGGGGGGGCGAGUGAGGGAGGGGAGUGAGUCACCCGCCGAGCGGGGGAGGACUGGGCGGGGGGGUUGUCAGGGGGGGGGGGGGGAUUACACGGAUUGGGGCGAGGGGGGGGGGGCGGGUCGGCGGGGGGGGGCGUGGGGGCGCGCCGGGGGGCCGGGGGGGGGCGGGGGGUGGGGGGGGGGGCCAGGGGGGAGAUGGUGGCUGGGGGACUCGGAGGGCGGGGGGGCGGGCCGGGAGGGGGGGGCUAGGCACCGGGGGGGGGCUCCGGGCGGGGGGCGGGAGGGGGGUGGCUGA